AGCAUCAAGCUAACUGCAUGUUGUAUUAACCUUUCCCCCACAGAGAGUAGAGGUUUGGGGCCUGGCGAAGCCCCCUCUGAAAGACAGGUGGACGCGGAUGAUGAGGCGGUGGCCGCAGACCCCCUUUUGCACAUGGAGGCCAGGAAGGGCCACUGUGACACAGCCCGCCAGCUCCUUGCCCAGGACCCAGAGGCCCUCAACAGCCAGGACGCCAGUGGCCGGACGCCCCUUUUCUGGGCCACGGAGUACAGACACGAGAGCCUGGUGGAGCUCCUGCUGGCCCACGGAGCAGACCCAGCUGUGCGGGAUCACGAAGGGAACCUCUGUCUGCACUGGGCGGUGUAUGUUGGCAGCCCCUCCAUCGCCAGAAUGCUGCUGGAUGCCGGCUCUGAUGUGGAUGCGCUGAAUGGCCAAGGCGACUCUCCCCUGCACCUGGCGGCCCAGGAGAGGCGCUACGAAUGUCUCGUCUUGCUUCUCGCCCACGGCGCCAAAGUCUCCCUGAAGAACAGAGCCGGCCAAGUGGCUCUGCAGUGCUGCAAGCCCAGCUCCCCUUCCUGGCGGGCCCUGGAGGCCGCCUCUGCGCGGCCCCCCCACCCGACGGAGAGGCUCCUCUGCAGAGACAUCUCCCGGGGCUUUGAGCAAGUCCCCAUCCCUUGCGUCAACGGGGUGGACGAGGAGCCGGCCCCCGGAGCCUUCCUCUACGUCACGCAGAACUUUGUGUCGGACUCUGCGGUGCUUCCAGCGACGGGCUGGGGCAGAAGUCAGCACUGCGAGUGCGCCAGUUCCUGCUCUGCGCCCACCUGCCCGUGUGUCGAGCGCAGCCUGCGCUCCUGGUACACUCCGGAUGGCCGGCUGGCGCCAGACGCGGCCGGCAGCAGAGCCGAGGCGGGCCCCAUCUACGAGUGCCACAUGCUUUGCUCCUGCGCCAGCUCCUGCCCCAACCGGGUGGCGCAGAGGGGCCUCAGGACGCAGCUGCAGCUGUACCGGGUGCCAGGCAAGGGCUGGGCAGUGCGCACGAUGCAGGAGGUGCCCCGAGGAGCCUUCCUUUGCCAGUACUUUGGGGAGCUGAUUUCCAGCGCCGAGGCUGCCCAGCGAGAGGACGCCGCCUAUUCCUUUGUGGUGGACAUGCAGGCGGGCCCCGAGUGCUGCCUGGACGGGCGCUUCUACGGCAGCGUGGGCCGCUUCCUGAACCAUUCGUGCCAGCCCAACCUGGUGGCUCUGCCGGUGGUCGUGGGGCACGAGAUCCCCGGCAUCGCCUUCUUCAGCGCCCGGGCCAUCCAGGCGGGCGAAGAGCUGGCGUUCGAUUACGGCGAGCGCUUCUGGGAGGCGAAGGGCCGCCGCUGGGCUUGCUUGUGCAAGUCGCCCGGCUGCAGAUACCGGCCGUCGAGGGAAGGGCCAACGGCAGACGACGCUGCCGCCGCCGCAGGAGACCCCGGCCUGGGCACUUCCACGUCCUACCCGCUACGCGGCUUCUCGCGCAAAUCCGCGCGGAGCAGCCCGCUGAAGACGGCCCCGCGCCGCUCCGCGCGGUCCCGACGGCGCCCCCUGCGCUAGCCCGCGGCCCCAGCUCCUGUCUUGAUCCCUCCCAAUAAAGAGCCGAAGCCA